AUGAUCGAUAUUCCUGCAGAGGAUUCGGAUUACGAGGAGGGAAAGCACCGGAUAAAUGCCAAAGGACUGAGGGGGACGAUCUGGACACCUGCCGGGAUAGCAGCCAAGAGAGCUGCUGACGCACUCGCGGCUGCUGGUGCUGGAGGUGGUGGUGGUGGUGGUGGAGGUGGUGGUGGUGGAGGUGGUGGAGGUGGUGGUGGUGGAGGUGGUGGUGGUGGAGGUGGUGGUGGUGGUGGUGGUGGUGGUGGUGGUGGUGGUGGUGGUGGUGGUGGUGGUGGUGGUGGUGGUGGUGGUGGUGGUGGUCUAGGACCUCCACCGCCUCCGGGCGGACCUCCUCCUCCUCCGGGCGGCGGUGGUGGUGGAGGACCAGCUGGAGGCGGUGGUGGUGGUGGUGGUGGGCCAGCUGGAGGCGGUGGUGAUGGUGGUGGUGGGCCAGCUGGAGGCGGUGGUGAUGGUGGUGGUGGUGAUGGUGGUGAUGGUGGUGGGCAUCAUUAG